AUGUCAACAACUACAGGAGCAUUCCUCGCCGGAGGUAUCGCUGCUUGCGGUGCCGUCACUGUUACUCAUAGUUUCGAGACCGUGAAGAUUCGCCUGCAACUUCAGGGUGAAUUGCAAACGAAGACAGAAGCUGUCAAGAAGUACAAUGGUGUCUUACAUGGUGUCAAGGUCAUCCUCCAAAAUGAGGGUCCGCGGGGUUUGUUCAGAGGAAUCGGGUCUGCCUACAUCUACCAGGUUCUGUUGAAUGGUUGCCGUCUAGGCUUUUACGAGCCUAUUCGCUCCAAUGCUACAUCCGCUAUCUACAAAGACUCAAAUGUCCAGUCUCUCGGCGUUAACGUCUUCGCCGGUGCGGUCUCUGGUGUAAUUGGUGCUGCUGCUGGGUCUCCCUUUUUCUUGGUGAAGACUCGUCUUCAAUCAUUUUCACCUUUCCUUCCCGUCGGUACCCAACAUAACUACAAGAACUCAUUUGAUGGUCUAAGCAAAAUCUACCAGGGCGAGGGUGUUAAGGGUAUCUAUCGCGGUGUUGGCGCUGCUAUGCUCCGUACUUCAUUCGGAAGUGCUGUCCAGCUUCCCACAUACUUCUUUGCUAAGCGUCGUUUGACCCGUCACUUGGGCAUGGAAGAGGGCCCUGGUCUUCAUCUCGCAAGUAGCGCCGUGUCUGGUUUCGUCGUUUGCUGUUUCAUGCACCCACCUGACACUAUCAUGGCUCGUAUGUACAACCAGACCGGUAACCUUUAUGGUGGUGCCUUGGACUGUCUUCUCAAGACUGUCCGAAAGGAGGGUGUGUUGGCCAUCUACAAGGGCUUCUUCGCCCAUUUGGCCCGUAUUCUUCCUCACACAAUCAUCACCCUCAGCUUAGCUGAGCAGACCAACAAGCUUAUGCGCCGCGUAGAGGACCGAAUUCUUCCUGACUCCCUGCGCGGAAAGAUCUAA